CACAGAGUGAGCAAGAAUGGAAGAACCAUCAUCAACAAAGGAAGAGGGAAUGGAGGUGUUUACUGAAAGGACCGCCACGUUUUACCUUCACCAUCCAUGCUGUUUUCUUGUAGAAGCACUCGGGUCUCUCUUGAAAUGUCUAGGUUUUGAGAUUGGAACAAGCAGCAGAAGAAAACAUGGAAACUGCGUGGAUAAAACUUCUCCUGCAGAUUCAGAAGAGGUUCCUCUAAUAACAGGAAACACCGCAUGCAACUGCCACAAAAGCUGUGCUGAAGACUCUUCAGACCAAGAAGAUUCAACUAGUACUCAAAGCUUUGAACUUAUCAGAAUCAGGCCAGGUCGAAGGUCAGAUCCUACUCAAGGAUCCGGUCCUGGAACUAAUUAAUGCUUACUCACAAAGUCAUAAUUGCUCAGAGUUGUUUUGAGUAGUAGCUGUAUAGAAGUAAUUUCCAUAAUGUACUUUUUCUACCUUUUCUUUUCUUUUCAUUUUACUUUUGCUUUCUCGUUUGAUGCUAGCUAGUAUAACUAACAAUGGUGUAUGUGUGAAAAGUCAUAAGUUAUAACCAUACUUUUGUAUCUAUGCACUAAUUAAGAGAAUCAUAUCCAUGCCAGGCUUGUGCUUUGGCAUUCUGCUAC